GGACGUCCGCGCGUGGAAGGGAGAGAGGGCUCGCGGCGAAGGAAAGGUGAAGGAAAGGAAGGCGCGCAAGGUAAAGGCAUAUCUUGGAUCCUUCGGUUGACUCGGCUCAGUCUGAUCCGAGCCAAGCCACUGCCCUGUUCCCCCGAGCGCGCCUCCGCUCGCCGCGGCUGGAUCCUCACCGCCUUCUGUCCACUCCUGACACGUUCCACGGGUGUCUAAUCCCCGACGGUGUCAUCGAUUGCUGAUCCUAGCUUCCUUCCUUCCUUCGCGUCGGUCUCCACCCUGCGCGGUCGGUUCAAGUCGGCCAGCUUCCGCUCUCGUCGCCAGUUUCGCCCGACAGACGAAAAUCGCCACCUGACAUGUCACAGUGCGCGCACCAGCAACGCGCCGACGACCGUCGCUGGUUCACGCGCGUUCAGUGAGAAACGGAAGCGGACCUGGUCGGUACUCGCUCUUCUCCUCCCCACGUACGGCGUAUCGCCUCCUCGUUACCCCUUGUGACUCCGGUGCGCGCGUUUCGUGGAAAACGGGGAAUUUCUGUGGAUCCUGUCGCAUCGCUGUCCCGACACCGGAAGUGUGAUGACCCUUCCAGCGGGACCGGCUGCAUCGAUCAACGCGGCGACAGCGUGCCUUCGAUCUGGGAUCUGAGUUUCGCGGUCAAGGAUGACCUAAACCGAUGAGCGGAUGAACGAGUAAACCUAGGAAGGAAUUACAAGGGAAACGAGGGUUGUCGAAGGAAGACAUGGUGGUAGAGUGGCUGUGUCCUGGACUUAGGCCGGCCGGAAGCCGUAGGCCACGUCUUCUUCAUUGCAAGGUGAUACUUCUCGACGAGCAUGAGCUGUUGCAAGAUGUUUUGAGCUCGAACCUCGGCCAGGAGUUGCUGGACAGAGUGUUCAGGCAUCUGAAUUUAUUGGAGACCGCUUACUUCGGGCUGCGCUAUCUGGAUCACGGCAAUCAGACGCAAUGGCUCGACCCGAGCAAGAAGAUUGGAAAGCAGCUGAAAGUCCAAAAAGGAGAUCCGAGCUCGGAUGUCCACACCCUCUACUUCGGUGUGAAAUUCUACGCAGCGGACCCCUGCAAACUCAUCGAAGAGAUCACGAGGUACCAGUUCUUCCUUCAAGUCAAACAGGACAUCCUCCAAGGAAGACUGCCAGUGUCGUUCGAUUUGGCCGCGGAACUGGGCGCCUACGUCGUUCAAUCGGAACUCGGGGAUUACGAUCCAAGGAGACACUCCUUAGGCUACGUGACCGAAUUUCGAUUCUUAGCCAAUCAAACUACAGAAUUGGAGAACCGUAUAGUGGAACUUCAUAAAACUCUUGUAGGUCAAUUACCAUCGGCGGCGGAGCUAAAUUACUUGGACAAGGUGAAAUGGCUCGAAAUGUAUGGGGUCGAUUUACAUCCUGUGUUGGGCGAGGACAGCGUGGAAUACUUUUUGGGCCUAACACCCAGCGGGAUUAUAUUGUUGCGCAACAAGACCAAAGUGGGAAAUUACUACUGGCCUCGGAUCAACAAAAUCUAUUAUAAGGGUAGAUACUUCAUGCUGAGGGUCAGCGAGAAGAACUCCGAGGAGAGGACGCACGGUUUCGAGACACCGUCGAAGGGAGCGUGCAGACACCUGUGGAAAUGUUGCCUGGAGCACCAAGCGUUCUUCCGUCUGAUGGCUACUGGACCACCGCCUCUGAGCCCUUACUCACGUUUCCGUUCGUACAGUCCUCCGUCUGGAUCGGAGAAGCACACGGUGAUCAGACGGAAUCCGCCGCCGAUAUUCCAGAGGACUCCUAGCCGUAGAGCGCAACGACGAGUGGUGGAGGGCCAAGAAAUGGUCGGCCCUUUCGUGGAGACACCUGCCACCGUGAACGCGAAUCCAGGCAGUAUUCCACCGAGCGGGAACAUUCUGUGCAGCACCCAAAACGCUAGGCAGGUGAACAACUCGAGUCCCAGGAGCACCAGGAGCGCGCCUUGGACCCAGAGCCAACCUCGGGGUCUUUAUACUUCGUCUAGUCCUCGGUCCGUCCGCUCCGCGGGAACGGCACCGGCACUCUUAAGCAGGCUCCAGCGACGGAGCAGCUCUGUAGAGAGCCAAAGUUCAGGGGACAGUCAUAGUCGCGGUGGUCAUCGUAGAAGAAGUCAUAGUCAUAGUCAUCGGAGACAUAGUCGCCACUCUGAUUGCGAAUCCGAGCUCUCGAGAGGCUCGGAGACCAGGUCAGGCCAUCGUAAGCACCGCAGGAAGCACAGAGGUUCUCGAUCUUCUAGACACGAAUUGGUGGACUCCGAACCGCAAUGGAGGGAAGCGCAGAAGCGGAAGGGCGAAGGAGUCCAACGAGCUGUCGUGAGCCAUACAGAACCUAGAAGGAGGCAUAGGAGUAGACAUCGGAGUCCUUCCCAGAAGCAACAACUGCCAGACGAGCUUAGGAAACAUUUGGAGUUUGGACUGAUCGACACAACAGGAAUGAGCGAGCAGCAACGUCGCGAGAUACCAUACACGGUGGUUCAAUCGCAAAUUGUACAGCAAUGUCCCCUACAGUCUAGCAAUUCUCGAUUGGACGACGCAGACUCGUCGUCCCUGCCUAGAACGAUCGGAUCCGUUGGCAAAAGAAACAGAAGAGUGAUACAGCAUAGUCGCGACGGAAGUUAUAAUUUGCCGCCGAUGAGGCCGAGCCAAGUCGAGACUAAGUACUACGACGGUAAUAGGACUGAGUGCAAUAUGAGGAAGGACUUUUAUUAUACUCGAAACAACAGAAUAUUGAUAGGCAGUAACGUGGACAGUGGCCUCGGGGAAAGCACACCGCAGGAAUUCUCAAGCUGCUGUUCAAGCUCUGCCGACAGCGCUAAACCUACCCGAGUAACGCAAUUGCAAUUAGGGGGAGAGGUACGCUAUGAACUGUCUUCAAACCAAGAAAUCUACCAUCCUGUUGAUACUACUCUGGAUGCUGUUCUGCAGCCCAUUAUAUCAACUUUAACAAGGAGGCAACGAUACCACCCGAAAUGAGCAUCAAGCUUUAAAUAAAUAUAAAAUAGACAUUUAUGCACAUAUUGUAUAUUUAAGGAAGUUUUUAUACCUCAUUCAAAUUAAAUAUCUAUAAUCCCAUCGGUCACUGAAUCUUAUGAAAUGAACCAUAAACAAUGAAUUACA